AUGGCAUUUGAUCUGCUUCCCACACUACACCCAAAAUCCAAACACUGGGUGAUUUGUGUACGCGUUUCGCGUAAAUGGGAAUAUCGUGGUGGCACUGAUGAUGGCCCUAUACUGCACGUGGAUCUUGUUCUUGCAGAUGAAAAGGGGAAUGCCAUCUAUGCUGAAAUACCUAACUCUGAGGUUGACACUAAAAGCACUUUGAUCCAAGAGGGCGGCACCUAUAUAAUCAGCCGCUUCAGAGUAUCGAAGGCUAAAUCCCUGUACAGGCCCGUUGAUGGACCCUACAUGAUAGAACUCACCUGCUUCACCAAGAUAACACCGGCAAAAGAAGUGACAGAAACAUUUCCAGCAUAUAUUUACAAACUUACAACAAUCAGUGACCUACGAAGCCAUGCUGAUGUCCUUGGCAUAAUCACUGCUGUUUCUGACACGCGCUUGGUGCAGCUUCCAAACCAAACAAAGCCAACUUUAAACAGAGAUGUGAUGCUCAAGGAUCUCAGCAGCGCCGAAAUCAAAUUGACUUUAUGGGGGCAGCGAGCCACUGAAUUCAACAUUGAUGAAGUUUACAAUGAAGAAGAAACUACCCCAAUUAUCGUCCUUAUUGUUGGCACCCUUAUGAAAACAUACAGAGGAAGGUGGAUGCCGUUGUACUGUGACUAUCAGUCGCUUGGUCCUAACGAGUCCCUGGUGGUUUCCAUCAUGUACAGGCUGUGCUUCAUUGCAAAUGAUGGCACAGCUGAGGCUGAAAUGAUAGCUUUUGGAGAGGUUGGGCGCCGCAUUGUAGGCAAACCAGUCCAACAACUGCUGCGAACAGCGAGAUUUGCAAGUGACACCCCACCAGACAUUGCAGGCAUAAGACACUACCACUGCGGCUAA